AUGCCGCCACAAACCCGAUCCCAGCGGAAACCCGCUUCCGCAAUCCCAACCACAACACACCCUCAAGUCUUCCAAACCCUCCCUCCAGACGCGCAAAUCAACCACGCUGCCUCAAUAAGAUACUGGGACAGCCUCGACGCAACACCGGGCACCAUGCUGGGCAUCAUGGGCGACUACCCAUGGUACACGCGGAUCGACCUCCGGGGGUCCAAGAACUUUAUAGCGAAAGCGCGGCGCCUCGUUCCGGGCGCUAACACAGGCAAGAAACUGGGCCGCGGAGUGGAUUGUGGUGCGGGGGUUGGACGGGUUACCGAGGGGCUCCUGAGGGAUGUGUGUGAGGUUGUUGAUGCUGUUGAGCCUGUUGAGAAGUUUGCGAGUGUUAUGAGGGGGCGGAAGAGUGGGGAAGACAGCGCGAGGGCGUCGAAUGGAGCGCAAACGGAGACGCAGGGAGGUGGUGAUGGUGAGAGUGAAAGUGAGAGGGGGGUUAUUGGGGAUAUCUAUGUUACGGGCCUGGAGUCCUGGACGCCGACGCAGAAAUACGAUCUGGUAUGGGCGCAGUUCUGCGCGAACUAUGUGACGGAUGCGCAGCUUGUCGAGUUCCUGCGGCGGUGCUGUGCGUCGCUAACGGAGAGCGGGAUUGUGGGUUUCAAGGAGAAUAUCUCGACGGAUUUCAAUGGGCAGGAUAUGUACGAUGAGGAGGAUAGCAGUGUCACUCGGACGGACGAGAAGUUUAGAGCCCUAUUUAAGGAGGCUGGGAUGGGUGUUGUUGCGUCGGAGCUGCAGACGGGGAUUCCAAAGAACUACAAUUUGCUUCCUGUCCGAUUCUAUGCGCUGAGACCUAGACCUUGA